AGAGCUCUGCAAUGAGACGUCUGAGCACUCCUGUACCAAAAGAACACACACACACACACACACAGCACACACACAGCACAAAGAAACACAGCACUAAGGGGUACAGUAGAAGACAGCCCACAAAGGACCACUGGAAAUUAGUCGAACCCUCAGGAUUAACAUCACCAUGCCCUCAAAGGCAGCACUGGUCUAUUGUCUUCUCCAUUACAGCGAGGGUCUGGGAGAGUCAGAAGCGUUGGCCAUGCCGCCGAAAAGCGGACAAGAUUCCGGAGGCAUUGCCACGGCUCGCCGUGGUCGACCCAGCGCCAACGGGCCGCUCGCCAACCGACAGAAACUCAGUAGACUCCCGUCCAUCCCUUCCGCCCAAGCCUCCGACAUGGUUUACGUAGUGGGUGGCUGGAGCAGAGACGAUCCCUCCUGCCCAGUGGAGCAGUUCUGCACCCAGCACAACGAGUGGAAGAUGUCCGCCCCCAUGAUCCGUCACCGUGGCGACACUGGAGUGUGCUCACUGGGGGGGCUCAUCUACACCGUGGGGGGGUACGAUGACGUCACCUGCAUGAGCAGCGUGGAAAGGUACGACCCAGAGACCAACACCUGGAGCGGAGAUGUGGCCCCCCUCAGUGCCCCCCGCAGAAGAGUGUGUCUGCUGGAGAUGGACAGCUGUCUGAUCGCCCUGGGGGGCCACGACGGGGUCGCCUGCGUCAACACUGUGGAGAGGUACAACCCGAAGAGGAACGCCUGGACCAAGCUUCCCCCGAUGUCCCGUCGCAGGGCCGGGGCAGCCGCCGCGGUGCUGGGGGGCUGCCUCUACGUGGUGGGGGGCACGGAUGGACAGAUGCCCUUGGACUCAGUGGAGCGCUACAGCCCGUUGGAUGGCUGCUGGGCCAUGUGCCCGCCCAUGCUGACGGCAAGAGAGAACCCGGGCUGUGCCGUGUUCCUGGACCGCCUGUACGUGGCCGGGGGGCGGGACGAGCUGCUGCUGGAGCUCAGCACUGUGGAGAAGUUUGACCCGGAAGCGCACCGCUGGACCCCGGUCCGACCAAUGAGGAGCAAGAGGCACCAGGUCUCCUUGAUGGUGUUUAAUGGGAUGCUGUUGGCUGUAGGUGGAACUGACGGAGUUACAGACCUCAAAACCAUGGAGGCUUAUGAGCAUGAGACCAAUUCAUGGAGACACUUUGGCAGCAUGAAGUCCAAGCACCCUGGUGGUCAUAUUGCUCUGGUCAAACCCUUUUAGAAUGUUCUACUUCCUGAUUGCUGUUUACUCCAUGUUAAUGCCGGAAUAUAUCAAUAUAAAUUGUAUAUACUGUCAACAAAUAAACAAGGACACUGUUGAUAUGAACCUGAAUAAACAUAUGCUAUUGUUAUGCAGCCACAUG